AUGUGGAGAAAGGGAAAGAUAAAGCGAAAUUCUCACAAGACGGUUCCUGAAAUCCAAGUGAAGCGUACCGUCGAAGAGCAGCAACCGAAGAAAAAUGGAACUGCGGUAGAGGGAAUUAAGAACGGUGGCAAUGGCAACUUGAUCCCGCCGCCGCCGCCGCCCUCUAUUAAUUCCGCGGCAGUAGAUCAGAAGGAGGAGAAAAAGUACUCCCCGGCAUCCGGAAAAGGCUGGGCAAUGCCGACGAGCGCCGCAGCGACGGCAGCAAACAAACAAGGAGCGAGAGGGAUGGGGGGCAUCACCAUCGCCGGGUACAACGUCGGCGCUUUCAUGGAUCUCGGCACGUCUUCUUCGUCCUUCAGCCAUCAGAUAAGGAGGCAGCAGGUCCGAUCCAUGAAAAAUGAAUAUUCUGACGCAGAAGACGCGACGAAAACAGAGGGCAAGAUGAAGAAGCCAUGGGCGUCGAUGGUGAACAACAACGUGCAGAGCGUGAACAACUCGUUGGUCUUCGGCACUCGGCUUGUGCAGGGCAGCCCCGGCGUGCACGUAAACCUCACCAAGAACCGCAAGUGA